GGACGGCUUCAACAAGCUACCGGUAGCAAGAUACUGUACUAGUAUGAAGAGAGAAGAAGCACAGGAUGCGAAAGUACUAGUACAUCCCUCAACUGGUACUGCUGCUGCAUCCGUCUCCAUCAGCCGCCAUGACACCCGAAGAAAAGUUAGUCAAAGUAGAGUCCUUAAAGACUCAAUUCCAAGAUACGCUUGACAAUCCAUGCCAAGCCUCCGCCGAAGAUAUCUUGGGUUGUUUCUUCGGCACUAAAUUCGACGUCAAUUCCAACAAUUUUGAGGAUUCGAUCAAGGAAGGCCACUGCAUAUGGGACAUGAAGAGUUUGUGGUUUAGUGGAAGCCCCCUGGAAAGUUACGAUGGCAUGUGCCGGUCGAUGAUUGCCAUGAUCGAAAAGGCUGCGAGUCAGGAACUUGGCGAAUGGAAUUCUUCCGUCAAUGGACGAAUGGCGCAAAUGAUCUUGUUCGAUCAAGUGUCGCGAAAUGCCUUUCGCAGAACCAACCAAGCCUUUGCAUAUGAUACGUUAGCGUUGGAGCACGCUCGUGUCUUGACUCGCGCCUAUUUGGGUCAAGGAGACUGCACCCUUGAGGGUGUCUUUUAUCCGCCGUUUCUCAUGUUCAUGUCCACCCCCUUUAUUCAUUCCGAAGAGAUUGAGGAUCACAAGAUGGCAUUAGAGCUAUUGGACUGCGCCAAAGACAAGACACCCCACCACCUUCAAGAGUGGUGGAAGAUGGUGAGAAAAGGUGCCGUGGCUCAUAUGGAGGUCAUUCAACGCUUUGGAAGAUACCCCCACCGAAACCGGUCGUUGGGCAGGACUAAUACACCAGGAGAAGAGGCUUAUUUGGCAGAUGUGGACAACUUGCCUAGUUGGGCCAGAAGCCAAGUUUGAGGCAAGAAGAGGAAGAACUUCAAGCGCGUGUCUGCAAAUCAUGGGAAGGCUGCCGCCGGAUUGUUCAACUGUAUGGGCACCCUAAACUAACUAUGUGUUGCUCUAAACCAACUACAUGUAUGUAUUGAAUUAGUUGAGUAAUCUGCUGUAACGCUGUAA